CUAUCACUUAUGGUCAUGCACCUCGGGGAAAAAGGUAACGAGUGCGAAGUAGUGAAUCGAAACCGAAAGAUGGUGUCUUGAAAGUAGACUGACUUCUACAUAGCUUUUUUUUUAGGUUUGUGUUAACUUCUCGCUACCGCUUCCCAAUCCCAUCAAUUGCAAAGUGCAGAAUAAACAGCCCCUCGAACCCCAUCAAAGCCUACCCUGCUCUAAACGAAUCGACGCGCUCGAAGUGAGUAGAGAUAUAUUUCUCAUUCUCUUGGUUUUUAAUAUCGAAAACUGAAAAAUACAUGAUAGGAAUUGCAGCAGUUUUUUUCCUGCAGUAGUUACGUUGGUAGUGUGACAACAUCUGAAUUGAUAAAGCUCGGCAAUCUCUUUUGAGUUUGCGAAUCCAUUUACCCCAAGCACGACAUCGCAACUUCUGAACACUUUUUUCAGCACAAGUAGAAACACGAUUCGACCGAAUUGGUCAUCAUCCAAAAAUGGGCAAGACCAUCGGCGUGUGGUUCCGGAAGUGUCUCCGGUUGACGGACAACCUCCCCCUCCUGGACGCGUGUAGUAAGGCGGACAACGUGGUUUGCUUCUUCGUUCUUGAUAUGCAUUGCAAAUAUAUCGUAUUAGUACAGACUGCAUCACAGAUUUUCUCAGAAAGAAAAGUGAAAUUUGUAAUGCUGAGUCAGCUACGCAAAGUAGAUUUGUCAUGCACGGUGGCAAUUCGUACGAGUGCGAUACUUUUUUUGCAGUGCAUACUUGACCCCUGGUUCGAGACGAGCAAGGUCGGCGUGAACCGGUUUCGGUUUCUUAUCAAAAUGAAAAAUCCCCCACCCCAUACUCAAAUCUUUGUGGUCUCACAUCCGCUUUGUCAUGCUAGAAGGGAAAAGAUGCGGACUGUAGUGCUGGCUGGCGUGGGAAAGGCUUGCAUCUUCAGCAUGACAGGGGGCAGCUGGAAGUGGGAAGCAGCAUGACAAAUUGCCUGCAAACGAGGCCACCGCUGCGUCUCUUGGCCUUCUAGCAUUACAAGUCGAUUUGUGUACUCAAAUACAGCAUCACAAAUUUCGUUUUCGAUAUGGGGAGGGGGGAUUUAUCCUUUUGAUAUUUCUCCUCGAAUCGCUGACCGAUUUGGACGCCCAGCUCCAGAAAAAGCACAAGUCGAGGUUACUGAUCCUGAAGGGCAAGCCGGAAGAGGUGAUCUCCAAGCUGGUCGGAGGUGGUGGUGGUUCUGGCCCAUCCUCCCCAUCGAAAGGCAACAGCCCGAGCAAGCUCACACCGAACGUGAACAAAAUCAACUUCAAACUCGACGUAUGCAUUGCAAAAGUAUCGCACUGGUCGUAUAAAUCGCAUGACAAACAAUUUCCUCAGCAUGAAAAAUCAAAAUGCUAUUUGUAAUGCGGACGAUGUAUCUUCAGAAUAGUACAUGCAUGCCUACGAUUUUUACUACGAGUGCGGUACUUUUUGCAGUUCAUACCAAAAGCUAGUGUUCGAAUUUGACUCCGAGCCGUACGCCCUAAUCCGGGACCAGAAGGCGCAGGACAUCUGCAAGAAGCAGAAUGUGGGUAUGGAGUUCUCAAAUGUUACAUUCUCGACUGUUACAUGAAUUUGCAAUGCAAGACUGGCAAAAGUGAAAGGAGGAAGAUUGCGCCUUUUGCAUUACAAGUGUGGUGCAGAUUUAGAUGCUGUCUAGCCCUUCCAAAAUUUGUCAUGCGAAGCAGCUCGAUCAUCAGCCGGCUUAGGGUACUUCUGCAUGACAAAUUCAUGUAACAGCUGACGAUGUAACAGCUGAGAGCGCCAUAGUGGGUUGCGAAGUGUUCCAGAACGGGCACACGUUGAUGGACUUGUCCGAGGUGAUGAAGUAUCAAAUGUAAAAAUGUCUGGGUCUGGGAACUUGUGAUGCUGGGUAGCGUCUCACUAUGAGGCUACAAAUGCUGGCUCAGCAUGACAAGUUUCUGAGCUCCUAGGUGUUGCCUAUUCUGCAUGACAAACUGCGCUUCUGCAUCACAGAAAAACGCAGCUCUUGGGUAACAUGCAUGACAGAUUUAAGAGUCAUGCCAGACAAGCAUGACAAACAUGAAUUCUUCCAGACCCAGACAUUUUUACAGUUGAUAUGAAGGCCUUCAAGACGGAUAAGAAGCAGAAACCACCGACGGACAUGAACGGGAUCACGAAGAUGGUGAAAAAGUUCACCAAAACGCCGGAAUCCGCGAAAAAGAUCAACAUUCCGAUGUGGAAACCGGCGCCAACAAAGAUCCCGCCCCUGCCGAGCAGCGUGACCGCGGGCAACUUCGGGGUGCCGCAACUCUCCGAUGUCGGGUACAGCAAGGAGGAGAUUGAGUUUUCUAACAAGGGCAUGUCGCGAAAGCAGUUCCCCGGGGGGGAGCAGGAUAUCCUGUGCAAAAGUCUCGUACUCGUACUAAUUGCGUUUAUGCAUUACAAACCUUUCACUUAAGGCAAAUCCGCAUUACAAAUUCAAUUUGUAAUGCUACGCCAAUUUGUAAUGCAAUUUAUACUAGUACGAUACUUUUGCAAUGCAUACAGGAGGCGCUGAAGCGGUUGCAGGCGCGGGUUUCCAGUCAAACCAGCUACGUGUGUCAGUUUGAGAAACCAAGAACCUCCUCCACCAACCAGAAAAGCGCAAGCCAGAUGAAAUUAAGCGAGAAGGAAAGUAACUGGACGGAACCCUCGACCACCGGGCUGUCUCCGUAUCUGAAGUUCGGCUGCAUCAGCGUGAAGCAUUUGUGGCACGAGACCCAAAAGUGCUACGACAAGGCGCCCGGCGGGAAGCACGCCAUUCCCCCUAUGUCGUUGCACGGGCAACUGCUGUUCCGAGAGAUGUUCUAUGUGCUGGGGUACGUGGUGCCAAACUGGGACAAGCCCGACAACAACGCGAUGUGCAAACCCAUCGCGUGGCAGACGCCCAAGAACGACAAGUUUUUGACCGCGUGGAAGGAGGGAAAAACCGGCUACCCCUACAUCGACGCCCUGAUGCGGCAGCUGAAGGAGACCGGGUGGAUGCACCACUUGGGGCGGCACGCGGUCAGCUGCUUUCUCACCCGCGGGGACCUGUACCAGCACUGGACCUACGGGCGGGACCACUUUGACAAGUUGCUCCUGGAUAUUAAAUGCAAAAGUGUCUGGGUCUAGAAGAUUCUGAGACUUGCCAUGCAUGUUUUGCAUGACCCAGUCCCAGGGUGUCUGUAAUGCACGACUUAGCAUCACAGAUUUUUAGAGGCCUUCCUGGUGCCUACUCCACAUGACAAAUGCCCUUCCCGCGUAGCACAAACUAGACUCCUCUUGCUGGUCAUGCAAUACAGAUUGUUUUAGAGUCCAAAGUUAGCAUCACAAGUUCAAACCUUCCAGACCCAGACAUUUUUGCAUUUGAUACUGGACGCCGACUGGUCGCUGAACAACGGGAACUGGCUAUCCUGAGUAAAAACGUACCCACACCAGAGUUGUAAUGCAGAUUUGCAAAGACAGGAAGACUUGUAAUGCGCAUCCGCAUGAGAGCCAUUUCCAAUCGUGUUUUGGAAUUUGUGAUGCUAUGAACAGGAUGAGCAGAUGAAUCUGUGACGCGGCUGCACUCCCACUUGCUAACCUGCACUACACUGCAGAGUGCAACUUGUCAUGCGUGACUCACAAAGCCCCUAGGUUUGUGUUGCAAAAUCCCCAUCCUGACUCUGGUGUGGGUAACGUUUUUACUCAGGAUACUGGCUCUGGCUCGCCGGGGUGGCGCCCUUUUCCAUGCCGUUCUUCCGGGUGUAUUCCCCGACCCCGGACGACAAGUCGUCGCUGAACGUGGAGUAUGCACUGCAAAAGUAUCGUAGCCGUAGUAAUUGCGUUGAUACAUUACAAAUCUCUUUCUCAAAGUAAAUCAGCGUUACAAAUUGGAUUUGUAAUGCUGGGCUAAUUUGUAAUGCAAUUGCAAUUCAUACUAGUACGAUGCUUUUGCAUUGCACAUGGAGCAGACGGGCGAGUUCGUGAAGCGGUUUGUCCCGGAACUGAAGAACGUGCCCAGUAUAUGGAAUGCAAAAAUGUCUGGGUCUGGAAAGUUGGAACUUGUGAUGCUAACGUUGGAUUCGAAAAAAAUCUGUAUUGCAUGACCAGCAAGAGGAGUCCAGUGAGUUUGUGCUACGCGGGGAGGCCAUUUGCCAUGCGGAAUAGGCAUCAAGACGUCGUCAGAAAGUCUGUGAAGAUGCUAGGGAAUACAUCACAGACGUCACGGGUCAUGUAAAAUCUGCAUGACAAGUUCCAUUCUUUCCAGACCCAGACACUUUUGCACUUGAUACAGCAAAUUCAUCUACAAGCCCUGGCUCAUGAACGCGGAGGUGCAGAAACAGGCCAACUGCGUCCUGGGAAAGGACUACCCCUACCCCAUCGUGGACCACGGAAAAGCGUCGAAAGCGAAUCUGAACGCGUUCAAAAUCUCAUCCGACGAAAUCAAGGUCGGGAAGAAGGCUGCCAGUCCGAAGAGGAUCGCGGGCACGCCCGGAGUGGCGGAGUUCGAAAUACCGGCGGGGAAGGUAUUGCAAGGAAAAAUCCCACCUCCCCAUAUCAAAACGAAAUUUCUGAUGCUGGAUUUGUGUACACAAAUCAACUCUGUAUUGCAGGAAGGCAUUGCCGCCAGAUCCCCAGGCUAGGUAGGGGCGUACGGGUCUAGUUGUUCAGCAUGGCAAACGGCUCCCCUUUAAGCCCGCCAGCAUGACAAAUCGCUCCCCUAAUAAGGCGGAAGCUUCUGCCCUUGUCGUCUUGCAAGACACAUCUGAUUUGUGGCCUCAAAUCAGCAGCGCAAAUUUUCGGAAACAUAGGCUUUCAAUAUGGGGAGGGGGGAUUUUCCAUUUUGAUAGAAGGGUGCUGGAGGUGGUUCCUCGGGUACCGGGGCGGGAAACAAGCGACAAAUGAAAGUCACGGAGUUUUUCAGUGGCGGACCGGCCGCGAAAAAGAGGAAAUCGGGGUGAAGUAGAUGAAGAUUUUUGUUUUUCACUUCUGAACCUGUGAUCGGUAAUCCAUCGUUGUAAAGUACUUCUACUUGCAAUUUACUAUCCUACACUGUCUCUCGUCGCUGCCCUCGUUGUCCGCUUGACAAUCGCAAGUCGUACUUUCUGAGCUUUCCAGCGAUUUGAACUUUUUCAGCCGAUCUCUCUUUAGGUUUAGUGUGCAGCAGCUUUUAUAUAGAUAGUCGUUGAAGUUGAACUCUGGCUUGUUAAUAGAAGUUGCAGUCGACUUCUCACAUAAGCUAGGAAGGAGGAUACAUCAAUACGUUGAACCUCCAUUGUGUCAGUUGUUGGGAGUGUCAGAUGCUUAUAAGAGACCGAAAAAAAAGCUCGUCAUCAUCCUUACAGAAAGAACUCAUUUGGCUGUUCAUUUAGGGUUGAAUUUAUCGAUGUUCUUCACUAGCACCGCGUCGCCAUUGGUGCGCUAACGUCGUGAAUUUUACCUAGGACCACGAACAGCCUUUACAAAGAACUCUGCCUACGCUCCAGGUACGACCAGAGCCAGAUUUUUUUGCGCGUACAUGUAUGUAGUAACUAACGAACUUGAACAACUGCGUGUCGAAUGCACGACCUGUCAAACGACAGGUCUAAUUAUGGUAGUAAAAUGGACAAAAACAAAAUUUCUCUCCGCAACUUCUCGAAGUAGAACCUGUGUGAAGCAAAAGACUCGAACCAAAUACGCUUUUUUUUUGGAAAAGAAAUUCGCCGAAAAGUGAAGUCUUCACGCCGAC